AUGGUGUCUGCUGGGGGGAUUCGUGUUGAUCAUCAUAAGAUUGAGGCUGUGCUGGAUUGGAAACAGUCAAAGAAUAUGUCGGAGAUCCAUAGUUUUUUGGGACUGGCAGGAUAUUACCGACGCUUCGUAGAAGUUCUGAUACGGCCUGAACCUGGUAGCGACUUCGUGGUUUACAGUGAUGUGUCACAUAUGGGUUUGGGUUGCGUCUUGAUGCAAGACGGUAAGGAUUACGACUGCAGUAUAGAGUAUCACCCUGAAAAGGCCAAUGUAGUGGCUAAUGCAUUAAAUCGUAGGGUUGUGGCUGAUUUAAGAGCAUUGUUCACUCGACUAAGUAUUUAUGAUGAUAGGAGUCUUCUGGCAGAGCUACUAAUGAAGUCGACAUGGAUUGAGCAGAUUAGAGCUAAGCAGUUAGAGGAUAAGACUUUCGAGAUGCGAUUUCGUCAGGUUGAGACUGGGACUACUACAGAUUUUGGGCUGAAUAAUGAUGAGAAGUUGGCUAAACUUUACAUCUCAGAGAUAGAAAGACUGCAUGGAGUUCCAGUGUCGAUUAUCUCCGAUAGGGAUCCUCGGUUUAUUCUCAAUUUUGGCAGAAACUUUAUGAGGCUUUGGGUUCACGACUUGACUUCAGUACUGCAUUUCAUCCUCAGUCAGAUGGUUAGUCGGAGAGGCUAUCAGUCUAGUAUUCAUAUGGCACUUUAUGAGGUACUUUAUGGUCAUAAGUGUCGUACCCCUUUGUCUUGGAUUGAGUUGGGUGAGCUACGUGUUUUGGGUCUGGAGUUGGUUUCAAAGACUGAGGAUAAGAAUCAUAGCAUUGAGGAGGCUACUGGGGAGCAAGAGGAUUCAAUGUGUCAGCAGUAUCAUCACCUUUUCUGA